UGCCUCAGGCUGCGCUGCGCGGAAGCGUUGCGCUUAUGCGAGGAAGCGCAGAGACCUGGUGUAAGUGGCUGCGCCGGCCCGCCGCCUCUCUCCUGCCGACUAGCGCGGAACGCGAGCCGGGAAGAACGAUGUUUACGGGCACCCGGCUCCGCAGGCUGGCGGAAGAAGCCGUUUCCCACUAAGCCGUGCCCUCACUUGCCAUGGAGGCCGAAAGGCGGGCGGCCGGGCAAAACCAACCGCCGCGGGGCUGGGGGAAGCGGGCCAGCAGUGCGUUUCCCCUGCACGUCCUGGUUUGGAAUAAUGACUACAGACGGCUGGACGAGGAGCUGCAGGACAAGGAUGUUGACCAACGUGAUCCACGAGGCCGGACCCUGUUGCACCUUGCUGUUUCCUUGGGCUAUAUAGAGUCUGCCAAAGUCCUCCUUCAACACAAGGCAGAUGUGACUAAAGAGAAUGCCCAGGGAUGGACAGUUUUGCACGAGGCUGUCAGCACGGGAGACCCCGAGAUGGUACAAAUGAUCCUGCAGCAUCGGGACUAUCAGCAGACCUCUAUGACACUUGGAGGGGUUCCUGAAUUACUCCAGAAGAUCAAUGAGACUCCUGACUUUUAUGUGGAAAUGAAAUGGGAGUUCACUAGCUGGGUCCCACUGGUUUCUAGGGUUUGUCCAAGUGAUGUGUGUCGCAUCUGGAAAAGCGGUGCCAAGCUGCGUGUUGACAUCACUUUACUGGGCUUUGAAAACAUGAGCUGGGAGAGAGGAAGGCGUAGUUUGAUUUUCAAGGGAGAAGACACUGGAGGCUGGGCAGAGCUGAUCGAGAUCAAUCAUGAUGACAAGUUUGUUACAACGGAACGGUUUGAGAUUUCCCAGCACAUGAAGCGUUUGACGCUGGGAUCUAUGACCCCAAAGAGAAAAGACGUGGAAAGACGCCUUACGUCUCCCAUUAUCAACACGUGCCUUGACACCAAAAAUAUCGCCUUUGAAAGAACCACGUCUGGAUUCUGGGUGUGGAGGACAGAAAAAGCAGAAGGUGUGAAUGGUUACGAAGCAAAGGUGUACAUUGCAAACAAUGUGAACGUGGUCACAAAAAUCCGGACAGAACACUUAACAGAACAGGAGAAGAAAAGAUAUAAAGCUGACAGAAACCCUCUGGAAUCAUUUCUGGGUACAGUGGAGCAUGAGUAUGGUGCUCAGAGUACAACCAAGACAACAGAGUAUGCCACGAGUAACAAUCCUACUGCCAUUACUCUGGAGGAGUACUUUGACCCAGAGUUCGACUUGAAGGGCAGAGACAUAGGAAGACCAAAAGAAGUCACCAUUCGAACCCAGAAAUUUAAAGCGACCUUGUGGAUGAGCGAGGAGUUUCCCUUGUCCCUCAUGGAACAAGUCACUCCCAUCAUUGACCUGAUGGCCAGAACCAGUGCUCAUUUUGCCAGACUUAGGGACUUCAUCACUCUGGAAUUUCCACCAGGAUUUCCUGUCAAAAUUGAAAUCCCCCUGUUUCAUGUGCUGAACGCCCGGAUUACGUUUGAGAAUGUCAAUGGCUGCAGGACAGCUGAUAAAACAUCAUCACAAACAGCUGGGGCUGCACAGUGUGAUUCAGGUGCUAAUUUUGAGGUCGACCAGUCAGUAUUUGAGAUCCCCAAGUCUUACCAUGUCCAAGACGACGGCAGGAACAUCCACGUGCAGGAUGAAGAUAACGAGAUCAUGCAGUUUGCUAUUCAGCAGAGCUUGUUGGAAUCUGGGGGAAACCAAGAGGUGGGGGUGCACUCCAACGGAGCCAUUGCAUAUGCACAGGACUUCAACAUACAGUAUCAGAGGGCACUGCAGGAGAGCUAUCUCACCAGCUCAGGCAACUCCCACUGCAGCACCCCCAGGGAGCCUUCCAGUUUUGAAAAGGACUUGCAGCUUGCCAUGGAGUUGUCUGUCCGAGAGCAGGAGGAACGGGAGAAGCAACGUCAGGAAGAGGAGGAUGCAGAGCUCCAGCAAGCUUUGCAGCUUUCCCUUGUGGAAAAGUAACUCCAUAGCGACCUCCUGAAGUAAGGACGAGCAAACCUGCAUAGACCAGAGAGCUUUCAGAGGCCUGGAGACCACUCCUGGAUGGCUUAAGUAAACAUUUCACCUGCCUUCUACGUUGGUAUUGUUGGCUGCAAAAGCUGAUUGUUUUGUUUGGGUGGUUGUGGGUUUUGUCCAAGGGACUUUCAGAUCAUGGGACUCUGGCUCCCCAACCCUGCAGCCUUAGCUCUGAAGGAAAAGCUUUUAUCUGAAUGUAUUUCUUGGAGAGCAGAUGGAAAUUUUGCUUAGCAUCAGGAUACAGGGUUGGGGGAGAGCUUGAAAACCUGAUUUGUGGGGAGUUUAGGAGGGAAAUUUCAUUACUUACCAAAGAAAUACUCAUCUGCUUAAUCAUUUCUGAAUAAUUCUAAGCCAUUGUCUGUUUCUUCCAGUUGUUACAUGGAAGAAUAUCUAUCUGCACAUGCACAUAGGGUAGUUCCUCAUGCUGACAGAUGGUUUCUGUUAGUUUUGUUUAUAUGUGAUUAUCUCUAGUUACUGAGAUUUUCUCCUGUGCUCCUGCUUAAGAGGGAUGAUUUUAUACUUGAACAGCUAAUCCAAGCUCAAGGUUAAACUAGUGCUUUUCUGAAAAAGGACAAAACAAAGUAGCCAGUAAAGUUUUUAGAUGCUCAGAUGGGACCAUCUGUCUGGUCAAGCAGCAGUUCCUGCAGCGAUUCCAAAGCAGCUCGUUGCCACGCUCUGAGGGCAGCAGGGGGCUGGGCCCUGGAUCCAGCUGCCUCUGCCUUGGGCUCACUGGAUGUGUGUGGCAGAGCCUGCCCGGGGGUGGCUGCUGCACCCAAACACAGGAAAGGCAGGUGAACUUUCAGCACAGGCUUGUUGGAAGAUAGCUUUCAUUCUGUCACCUGAAAGGGAAAGGUGUGUUGCUUUUGAGAACUCCAGUGCUUUAUCCUUCAUGUGGAAUACAUCUAUUUUUUUAUCUGAA